GUACUUUACAAGGUGGCGCUCAAGUUUAUUGAAUUACAGAGCACGCGUUGUAACCCGCAGAUUCAUUCUACAACAAUUCUCAGAUCUUAAAAUUUGUGAGGUCUCGGAAUCACAAGUUUAACAGAUAUAUGGAGGGGUUGUUUGUUUAAAGUACUCAUUUUAGGCGUCUGUAGAUGCUGUGGUGAGCCGUAUGUGCGCGCAACAUCUAACAUUUAGUAAAUGGUGUCUGUAAGGUAAUGACAGUUGCUUCUCAGAGUAACUUUGAUAUCUUGGAAAGUCAUAGUGCAAUUUUUCCACGGAAGUGUAAAGUUUCUUCCCAAAUAUUAAUCAAACAACAUCUAAAUGCCCAUUAUAAAAGCAUUCAGUCUGCAAAAGCGUCUAUUGACAAUUCGACACCAUACUCAUUUAUUAAUAACCCUACCACUAGGGGCUAUCGGAAGUCUUCUCGAAGAAUUUGUAGACAACCACUUUCUGGUAGACCGGAAACAAAUGGUUUCUGCAGCCAGAAUGUUAUAAAUACAUUUUCAGAUGAUCCUGAGGUUGAUGAGAUUGUCCGAAAGUUUUUGCUUGACGAUUGUGCGAAGUAUACAGAGCCAUUUACAUACAACGAGCACCAUUUGCAAAGUGCUGGUGGUGAAAAUGCGUUCGGGAAGCACACUUGCUCCGAUCGUGGACCCGCCAGUCUCCGCAAGCUAGAGGGGGAUUGUUUCAGCAAUAAAACUGUACAUCGACGUCAGUCGUUCAGUAAAGAUGUGAUGGAUAUUCAUCAUAAUAAAUUCACUAAUCCUAAACUAUUCUCUCCAAGAACAAUUAAAUCUAAUGCUUCAUCAAAACUAAUCGGCUUAAGAUGUUACAAUCCUCCAAAAAGAGUUGUUCGUAUUUGUCAACCUGAUUCCAAGGUGAUUUUAGAUGUUAAACCAGUAAUACGGUCAAAAAAAUCUAUCAGUCGACGGCCAACGAAUUCAGAUUUAGGUAUAAAAGAAAAAGCCAUACCAAAAGAUCCCAAUACAAAUCACGAUCAUGUUAUUUACUCACAUUCGGAAAAACGUUUAUCCACUUACUCUACAAAACAGUCUAAUAUUUUGUCUAGUAUGCUAUUGGCUCCUCAGAAGCGUAUUUCCUUGACAUACUCACAAAAGCUUCCAAUAUCUGAUGGAUCACAUAAUUUUGGAAAAGUUAACCAAUGGUUAAGCACUUUACCCAGUAACAAUUCAGUUCAUAAACCAGAGGUUGUCUUAUCGAACAGUCAUGAUGAAGAGGAUUUUGAAAGACUGAUUACUGAAAAGAAGAUAGUCAAAGAUAAUAUGAGUUUACAAAUGAUAAAUAAACCCAUAGAGCGAGAAAUAUCUGUCGAAAAUUUAAAAAAAGAGGUGAACUACUUGAAGUUUAUUUCAUCUGUUACAGAGGAUGUUUUAACACGUGGUGUUCUUACUGAUAAAAAUGUUAACACCAUACUGUUAGAACAUGCAACUUUAAAUGAAUAUGGAUUGUCAACUGAACAGAUACGAAGAGGAAUCCAACAUAUUAGAUCGCAAUUAAAUAUUACCGCUGAAGAUGCUACUAAAUUUAAUACCGAUAUGAACCAUGUUUUGAAUGCAAACUCACCAAGAAUACCACCUUACUCUCAGAGUUACAGUAAUGACACUUGUGGUAUUGACAGUGGGAGAACUCAAGAACAAGAGAAACCAGUUAUUAGUUAUACAACCACACUAGAUAUUAAACCAGUGUCGAAAUCUACACUACCGCCACCUGUACCAUCUAAAGAAGGUCAGCAACCAGCAUAUCAUCGUACAACAACCUCAAUAAGUAUUAAACCCAAUCAGAGCAGUUCUCCAUUAAAACACGUUGCACAAUAUCAAGAGAUUUUUCACGAUACCGAUUCACAUCGAGAAAUAAGUCGAAAUUUAAGUGAUAUUUUGCAUAUGGAUAAGAGUUCUAAUCAGGUAAUACAAGAUGCUGCCGCACAACUUACUAAGAGACAAUCUAUUUCAUCAAGCAACAAACUUGCUGAGAACCAGUACAAAAAAUAUUCGACAGAGAAGAAUACCAGUGGAAAUCUAAACGAUCAAGAAGAUACUUUGAAUGAUCAACAUGCCACAUUAAGUAGCUCAGUUUCUAACACCACUGGUUGUACAACCACCAUCGCCAACAGUUAUCCUGUUAACGAAAUAAAUUCAUCCCUAACUCAGUAUGAUGAAAUAUAUGGUAAUUUUCAGGGAAAAGAUAUUGAAACAUUGAAAAAUCGAUUGAAAACUGAACACGAAAUUGACGAUAACAAGGUUGCUGAUGUUGAUGAUGAACAAAAGUGUAUUACGCAUCAAAACCGAGUAAAAUUUGCAUCUGAAGCCGAAUUCUUCUCACCUUCGUAUUACAGCGAACAGACUACUUCUGUAAGUAGUAUAACAGAUAUAACGCAUGUAUCUAGUGCUACUACUAGUACUACGAAUACUAAUGCUAAUAACAUUAAUACUAUAACCUCAGAACUUUUGUGUUUGCCUGGAGUAGCUACUGUUUCUCCACGAAAGUCACCUUCUUAUAUUUCUAAUUUAAAUAAACAAGAUGUUAGUGAAGUGAAACUGAAGGAAUGUACUCACGUCACUAAAGAUACAGAUGACAGGAAAAAUCAUGAUGAAAAAGAGGUAGAAGACCAAGAUAACACAUACAAAGAAGACUUCGUAUCAGACUGUGAAGAAUAAACGGGACGGGAAAUGCUUAAUAAAUGAACGAUAACUUAUUUAUCGAAUCGAAUCCACACAAAUACAAAAAUAAGUAGAUAGACAUAUCUAAGCAGCCAAUUAUGUUGGGAUUUCGUAAGUGUAACCACACAGGGACGUAAAACAUACACCAUCAUCCAUUAAGUUAGAUCUUUAACAAUGAUUAAAUAAAGAUUUCUUAAAAUAUUGUAUACACUUUUCUUGUUUUAAUUUACGCUACAUUCAUGUUUCUUUUUGUGCUGAUUUAUUACAUUUGGUGAGAUCAUAAACGUUCUAUCAUUCAGUGGUUUGAAUGAAUUGUAAUUUGAUGGAAAAAAGAAACGUAUAAAAUAUGUCAUUCAUUUCUUUGCAUGGUUUGCUCGUGAUUUGCACCUUCGUUUUUUUCCGCCUCUUCUGUUUCAUCUCUCAAUUAUUUUCGAUAACACAUUUAUUGAAGUGAUCGAAAGAUUUAACAAGUAAAACAGUUCGAUUCUCA